UUUUAUAACCAAUACGUUAUCCUGUGCAUACAUAUAAAUAUGUUUGUUGCAUAUUAAUGCAUAUAUGUUUAUGUGGUUAUUAAGAAAUACAUAUUUAUGUUUUAUAGCCCCUCGGCUUUGCUAAGACUUAAAAGAAUCCAUGUUCAAUGAUAUUUGAACACACGCCUAUUACUGAAAAGCGGUAAACAAAAGGAAAUAUGAUUAAUAAAUCCAACAGUUUUUUUUAAUAAAUUACAUUUCAGCUGAGAGUUCAGGCCCGCAUUGACAACAAAAUUAAUUUUUAAGCGAAGAUAUGAAAUAAGCUAAACAUGUUUCAUUUGUCCAUUAUUUAGCUAUUAGCUUGUGGUGGUCAAAUAAAACACGCAUAUUAUGAGGAUAAACAAAUCAGUACGCACAAUAUUCAAAUUACAAAUAUUACAUUAACAUGAUCAUGCCCGAAUUAAAAUGGUCGCAGGCAGUGUUGGUACAUGUAGGGAAAAUUCCCUACACGUAGGGAUUUAAGUCGAAAAAAAUGGACGUGGGGAAAAAAGGACAGAUUUUUAUAUACAAGUAAAAUGUAGGGAUUUUUCGACAAAGCAAAAUCGAAAUUUCUAUGUAAUUUUUUUUCGGUCAAAAUGCAAAUAAGUCUAUUUGGUAACUUUUUAUCAAGAAUAUGUUCGAAUGGCAGCAUUAAAUCGGUUUCACCUUCACGUUGUCAAAGGCACCACUCUGAAAAAGUGUUUGUAUGGCAGCAUGCUGGCGUCGCAUAUAAUUCGUUUGCCGCUUUUAAUUUGAUUGCUGACUUUUUGUGAGAAAUGAGUUCUUCAACGGAAUCGGACGAGAGUAUUGCCAAAAGCCGCAAAUAUCGUAAACAAAAGUUUACAAAUAAGUUGCUUGGAAACGAAAGAUUCAAGGGUUGGUUACAAGCUUUGGCCGGUGAGUCGUUUAAAUGCAAAUGCGCUGCCUGCAACAAAAUUUUAAAUUGCGGCAAGUCUGAUUUAUUGAAACACUCAGAAACAAAAGCACACCAGAAAAAUGUAAAAGCCAUAAGCAAAACGAGCAAAUUGAAUACUUUUUUUAAGAGAAACGUAAAUGCAGAAGGGGAUAUAGAUAAAAAAAAAUUUGAAAUAAGACUCAGCAUGUUUUUCGCUGAACACAAUGACGCUUUGACAGUGGUAGAUCACCUAAUCCCACUUUUGAAAGAAAUAGUGCCGGAUUCUGAAAUUAUAAAAAAUGUUGAUCUUGGGAGGAAAAAGUGCACCAGCAUAAUAAAAACUGUAGUAGCAAAAGAAGAAAAGGACAACUUGGUAAAUAAGUUAAAAGCAAACCCGUUUUCCGUAAUGAUCGACGAGAGCACAGAUAUCGGCCUCAAUAAGCAUAUGUGCAUCCUGGCCAGGUUUUACGACGAAGAAAAGGGACGAGUUGUGGUAAAGUUGUUGGAUCUACUACCAAUAGGAGCUGAUUGCACUGCAGAUGCUCUGUACAAGACUUUUAAGGAAUUAAUGUUAUCCCUAGGAAUUCCAUUUAAUGACAUAAUUGGCAUGUGCAGCGACGGCGUAAAUGUUAUGGUCGGGAAAUGCAAUUCAUUCGCUUCCAGGUUGAAUAAUUACAUUCCAAACGUGGUCGUUGUAAAAUGUAUUUGCCAUUCGGCCGCAAUUAUUGCAAGUAAAGCUUGCUUAGCACUGCCAAGAGCACCCGAAGAUCUUUUGCGGCAAAUCGGUUCGUAUGUCUCUGGAAGUUCCAAGAGAUGUGCGCAAUUGGAAGCUGUGCAGGAAAUGUUAGGUGGGAGGAAGAAAAAAAUCCUAAGGAUGUGUGCAACUAGAUGGCUGUCACAUCAUUGGUGCGUCGAAAGUGUUUUAGAAAACUGCGACGUGCUUUUAGAAUUUUUUAAGCAAGCUGGCGCGCAAGAUAAGUUGUAAUCUACAGAAAUUAUUUCGUUUGAACUCAAUAACGAGUGUAAUAGAGCUUAUUUACAUUUUCUUAAGUAUGUCCUCAACUAUUUUAAUACUUUAAAUGCACUUUUUCAGUCCAAAGUGCAUGUUCUUCAACGGGAAUCAGAAAAAAUAUUUUUGAGUCUAGGUCAAAAUUUCAUUAAAAAGUCGGAACUUAAUACUACUUGUGCUGUUAGAUCACCGCAUAUUUCUCUACCAAUCGAAGAAGUUUUUUUUUGGCAUGAGUGCAUCGAUCUCUUAACAACUCUUCCGAAGGCUGCUGCAAACAAAAUAAGAAUGGAUUGCCUGCAGUUUUACAUUAUUGCUUUAGAAGAAAUACAGCGAAGAUUGCCCCUUGGAACAGGUAUAUUUACAGAAAUGGAGUUUUUAAGUCCCGAAAUUGCAAUGGGGGUAAAAGGAAACAAAAAUGAUUUCACAUUUAAAAAUAUUUGCAGCAGAUUUAAUGUAGAUGCUUACGCCCUUCUACAAGAGUGGAGAACUUUUGAGUUUAAUUUUACGAGCGACGAAGAAGAUAAUCUUUUAAAGAUGGAUACUGAAGAGUUUUGGAGCAAUAUCACUAAAAUGAAAAACUUUUCUUUUUCCUACUAUAUCAGAAUUAGCCAAGUUUGUUUUAACACUACCACAUGCCAAUGCAGAUUCCGAAAGAAUUUUUUCUAUAGUUACAGAUGUUCGUACGAAAAAAAGAAAUAAGUUAAGCCAUGCAAAUUUAACUUCGAUUUGCAUAAUCCGCUCUGUUUUGCAAGACGAAAAUCUAAAUUGUUACAUUUUUCAGUGCAAGGAAUCGCAUCUAAAAAAAAUGACAGCGUCUGAACUCUACGACCAUCAUUAUUUUUUUUUUCACUGUGGUUACAUCAUGCUUAAAGUAUAUGUUUACGUGUUUUUUGUUUGUUUAGUUUUUUUUAACCAAAUAAAUUAAUGUCGCCUUAGUUAACCAUCCAUUUGAUUGGAUCAUUCUUGUUGUACCUAUGCUAGUCUAAUUCAAAACAUCAAAUGUAUUUAAAUGAAAUGAAUUUUUUCUUUAUUUAUUUGUAUAUAUAUACACUAGUGAAAAAAAUUAAGGGAUCAAAAAUAAUGUAAUAAUAUAAGAAAUGGUCGUACAAGAAAUCGAUUAAGAAGGAAAUUAUAGCUCCAAGUGUCUAGUUUUUGGAUUAGAACUUAAAAAAAAAUAAUUUAACCUCUGCGGUUUUUGAGUAAUCGUAGCAAAGCCAGCAACAAAAACAUUUUCAAAAUUUUUUUAGUUUUUUUUUUUGGUCUACGGGCGUGGAAAAAAUCUUUUUAGCUCAACCACUAUAAGGAUCGGAUACUUUGUUCAUUUAGCUUUAAUUUGGUUUUUUGAACAGCUCGAUACGUCCACUUCUCACCGAGAUAUCGGUCUUCAAAUGGAAAAUGAUCAUUUUGUCUUUGAUUAUCGAUAUCUCAGCAACCAAUGAUCGCACAGAAAGCUAAAUGUGGGUUUCAAGAACUUGAAUGAAUUCUCCUUAAAGACUAUCCAUUGCUUUUCCAAAAAAAAAAUUUUUCUUAUUGUCACAUGAAUUUAAAAAUGCAACAAAAAAGGGCUUUUGGUGUUUUUUUUGGAAAAUCCAGCGCUAGAUCGAAAAUAUUGAGGAAACCACUAAUGUUAAGUGUGCCUUUCACAGUUCAAUAUGUCCACAAAAACCCUACAAAAAAAUCAAAUUAAUCCAGCCAGCCGUUUUUUUCUUCACUUGAUCAAAUUUUUGAAAAAAUUAAAGGAUCACGUUUUUUGAUCUGAAAAAUUCAUAAUUUAAAAAAACGAGAAAAAAAUCGUUUUUCCUAGCUUUUCCACAUUUUUGCUCCAGAAAAAGCUUAAAUUUAAAACAAAGUUAAAAGUUAAAGUUCUAAUCCAAAAACUAGACACUUGGAGGAUUUCUUGUACGACCAUUUCUUUCGAAGUUACGGCCUGUUGAAAUUUGCCCAAAAAUUUGGAAAUUUUUUCUGAUCCCUUAAUUUUUUCCAGUAGUGUAUAUAUGUAUGUGUACACAUACAAGGCAAUGGUGCUCAUAUUAUAU